AUGGCUGGCGGGGUUAUGAUCAAAAGUGACGGCAAGCGAUACGCCGGGAAAAUCACGUGGUUCGUGCUGCUUUCUUGCAUGGUUGCAGCUUCUGGUGGUAUCAUUUUCGGCUAUGAUGUUGGAGUUUCAGGUGGGGUGUCCUCAAUGGACCCUUUCUUGAAGAAAUUCUUCUUAGGUGUCUACAAGAAGAUGAAAAGAGACACAAAGAUAAGCAACUACUGCAAGUUCGACAGCCAGCUUCUGACGUCCUUCACGUCCUCGCUCUACAUAGCCGGCCUCAUCUCGUCUUUUUUUGCAGCCAUCGUGACUCGGGAUUAUGGUCGGAGGCCGUCGAUCGUCAUAGGCGGACUCUCCUACAUGUCGGGAGCGGCUCUAGGUGGCGUGUCGGCUAACAUGUACAUGUUGAUACUCGGACGUGUGUUGCUUGGGAUCGGCCUCGGUUUUACCAAUCAGUCGGUUCCAUUGUAUUUGUCGGAAAUGGCCCCCUCCCAAUAUAGGGGAGCCUUCAACGUAGCGUUCCAAAUCUGCGUGAGCAUCGGCUACAACUCGGCUACGCUAAUCAACUACGGUACGGUCCAAAUAGCUGGCGGCUGGGGCUGGCGGAUUUCCAUCGCUAUGGCCGGAGUUCCGGCUGCCAUCCUUGCCUUCGGUGCCAUUUUCCUCCCGGAGACCCCAAACAGUCUCGUCCAAAAUGAUCCAAACCACGAUAAGGCACGUAAAGUACUCCGUAGAAUACGAGGCACGAAUGACGUUCAAGACGAGCUGGACGACCUGAUCGAGGCCAGCCGAGCCUCAAAAGCAAUCGAGCACCCGUUUCGAAACCUGAUGCAGAGGAAGUACCGGCCGCAGUUGGUGAUGUCGGUACUCAUCCCGUUUUUCCAGCAGAUAACCGGAAUCAACAUCAUCGCCUUUUACGCUCCGAUUUUAUUCAUAACGAUCGGGUCGGGAGAGAAUGCGUCUCUGCUGGCGGCAACCGUGACAGGUGUCGUGUCAUCAACAUUUACCAUCAUAACUGUAAUUUUGGUGGAUAAGGUCGGCCGGAGGCCGCUGUUUCACUUUGGAGGGAUUCAGAUGUUGAUUUCGCAGCUGCUGGUCGGGGGAAUAAUGGCAGCGAAGCUAGGGGAUCACGGGGGGAUGGAGAAAGGGUAUGCGAUGGCGGUGCUAAUACUGAUAUGCGUGUUUAUGUCGGGUUUCGGGCUGUCGUGGGGCCCGUUGGGGUGGGUGGUGACGAGCGAGAUAUUCCCGUUAGAGAUAAGGUCGGCUGCGCAGAGCAUAGUGGUGGCGGUGAACCUGUCGAUGACGUUUCUGAUAGCGCAGGUGUUUCUGUCGAUGCUCUGCCACCUGAAAUCGGCGAUUUUCUUCUUUUUUGCAUCUUGGGUGCUGGUGAUGGCGGUGUUUGUGUAUUUUUUGCUGCCGGAGACGAAGGGGUUACCGAUAGAGAGGAUGGAGGUGGUGUGGAGGGAGCACUUUUUCUGGCGGAGGUUUGUGGCGGACGGCGGACGUGGGCUCGAGGAGGGAAAGGUUGUUGGGGAGGCUUGA